AUGGCGAAUACAAUUUGGACUAUCAAUAUAGUUGGCCUGGCAUUCAUUGCCAUUUCCCUACUAUGUACUUUCAUUAUGACAGUCGCGGGGUUCAUUACUCUUCACCGUCGUGGAGACUACGCUCGUUCAUAUGUUUCUUGGAUUAAAGCCUCGAUGACCCUCGGUACAAUAUGGAUGGCACUUUGGAUUGGUGCUAUGCUUUCGCCAGUCUCGUAUUAUUACAGAGGGGACAUCUACGACAGUCCCCGUUUCCACGUUUACGCCCUCUAUCAACUCUUCUACCUCGUAACACUUGCAGUAGUUAUGGCCACUCAAAUUGAGGUCGCUCGCGGUUUCAAAGACGAAUCCAGUGGCUGGAUCAAGGGCAAGACAUCAAAGAUCCUUCUAGGAGUAUUUGUCGUUCUGAGCGUCAUCCGCUUUAUUCUCUACGAAGUCUCAGGCGUAACAACAAUCUGGGUUAACGUCGGGGCCUAUGCUAUAGAUCUGAUUCAGUUCAUUCUUCUCUGGGUCGGAUCUAUUGUCUCUCUAGUGUAUCUUGUUAAGGGAAAGGGGUACUUUAACCCCAACAUUCAAAACUCUCACCGGGUGUAUCGAUCCCUGCUAGCCAUAUUUAUCCUCACUCUAUUGCGCCAAACCUUCGAAGGCUUAUAUGCCAUCGCGUAUUUCGUUUCGCUAUUUAUCAGCACCUACGACACUCACGCCAACGUCUGGAUGACCAUCCUAUAUAUCCCCCGCAUCAUCUUCACGGCAUGGAUGGUCACAGCAACCUUUGGUGUUUUCUUCAGCCUUGCCUCACUCUUUAAGCGUGGGCCAACUCGCGUCAAAUACGAUGGAGAGUCAGCGUAA